AUGGUGAAGGCGGGUGCACUGCUCCUCCUGCUGGCAGUGGCUGCCAGCCAGGUCGACCUUUCUCUGUCUCAAGUCAUUAACGGUUCUGGAGAGGUGAACAUCAGCUCCUGCCCCAUCACCUUCUAUGGACGCAAAUACUCAGUGAUGGAAAACGCGAGUGCAGUGGUCGGGAACUCAUCUCUGGGUUCAUGGUCCUACAAUACCAGUGUAGGACCUGCCAGGGGUUCCGUAGACGUCAGCGGAUGCAGACUCUCAGAUGGCGUUCUUGCAUCCGGUUCGAGCAUGCUCAGUCCAGGAACUUGCUCCAACUUCACCUGUAGCGUCUCUGCAGUCCUCAGUCGUGCUGAUACAUGUGGACCCCUGGAGGUUUGCCUGGGCAACAACAUCUGCCAUCAACCCCCUAUCGUGUGCACUGUGACGGGCUCCACUGUCAUCGAUUUCUUCGGCAGAGUUAACUCUAUCGGUGAUCGCUGUGCAUAUAAUCUGAUGAGGCCUCUGGGAAGCACGAGUUUCGUCCUAUUGGCACGUUUCCGGGAGCGACGGCGUACAGAUGUGUCGUUCUUGGACCACUUGAUCAUACGGAUAGGUGGUGUAGAUAUUUAUCUGGAGCAAGGUGGAAGAGUUCGGAUUAAUGACCAGGUACAAGCGCUCAACUCCACGGUUCAGCUGGCUCACGGCGUGGAGCUCUGGAAGGACCAGCGUGGAGUCAGUGCCAGGAUAGUUUUCCCCAACAUGACCAUCUUCUUUGAUGGCAACACUGCACAUGUGUCAGGAAAUCUUGGACACUAUGAGGGCUUGUGUGGCAGCCCCACUAAUUCCAGUCACAUCACCACCCUGCGUGCAGCCAAGUCUUUUUACAACAUCUCUGGUUGUGAGGAUCCGCAAAUGGAGGCCAGCGAUCGUAGGGUCAGCUGCCAAAAUUCAACUCAACACUGUGGGCUCUUGAAGCAGGGACUCUUCAGUGAUUGCCACCUCUACGUUGACCCAGAGCCCCACAUAACCGCCUGUAGAAACACUUUGUGCAGCUACCCGACGCUGGACGGCCUCGGCUGCCAGUUUUUUGAGGCUUACGUGAAGGCCUGCAGCCUGAGAAGCAACAUCAUGCUGGUGGACUGGAGGUCAACGACCGGCUGCUCUGCUGCCCCUCACGCCUGUCUGGUCCAGCACUGCAGCUCUCACGAGUUCUGCGCCCUGAAGUUUGGUCAAACCCACUGCCGCUGUCGGGCCCUCUUCGCCUCCAAGCACAGAGCAACAGACACUUUAGGCGAGCCGACAGUCUGCACGCAGAACUCUGCCACUCUUUCUCUGGCUGGUUGUCUGCUGGAGGACAGGGCUAUCAACUCCUCCGCCUUACACCUCAAUGACAAAAACUGCACAGGUGACAUCGACAGCGAGACCCACAUGGUGACUUUCAGUUUCAACACCAGCAGCAACUGCGGGGCGGAGGUUGUGACAAACGGCACCCAAGUCAUCUAUAAGAACGCCGUCAUGACGGGGAACAGCUCCUUGUCCGACGUCAUCACCCGCCACAACCAACUUGUGAUCGACUUCUCCUGCUUGUACAACAAGCCGGAAGUCAAGACCGUGGCCUUCAAGAUCAGAGACGGCUCUGUGGUGCAGCACAUCGUCUCUGGAUUGUGGAAUUACACGGUGAUAAUGAACGCCUACAACGACUCCGGCCUCAGUAACCUCAUCGGGUUGUCCAACGAGAUCCAGCUCAACCAGAAGAUCUGGGUGGAGCUGAGCUCGACGGGGCUGGAUGACGAGCUGGUCGCCCUGGUGACCACCGACUGCUGGGCAACCAACGUGCCGUCAUCUAAUGGGAGCGUGCGAUACAACCUCAUUCAGAAUGGAUGCCCGAACCCCGCUGACCUGACGGUGCAGGUGAAGGGAAACGGAGUGGGAACGUCCAACUCCUUCUCUUUCGACAUGUUCGAGUUCUCCGGGAAAAACAACGAAGUCUACCUGCACUGCAAACUGGAGCUCUGCCUCAAAAAGAGCAACACCUGCCCUCAGAACUGUGGCGGAGGCGCUUGGAGGCGGCGCAGAUCUUCCAGGUAUAAGCGUGCGGAUGAACACGCCCUCAUCACGAUGGCCUGGACUCACUCGGUGGAUGAAGCUUAGUCCCAAC